AUGAAACUAGCAGUGCCGUUGCUAGCUCUAUCAAUAGUUAUUUCGAGUGGUGAAGAAGUGGAAGUGAGACCCAGAAUCGCAGGCGGCCAUAGAGCCAAGAUCUUUACGGUUAUAUAUCUAGUUGGAAUAAUCUACGCCCGAAGUCUAAGAUCGUCAAUUAAAUAUGGUGCCGGGACAUUAAUAUCAACCCAAUGGAUUCUUACGGUCAGAGAAGUUUUAGUUUAUCAAUAUAUUGAGCUCCACCUUGCCUCAAGGCGAUCGUAUAGGGGUUUCGACAUGAAAAGAGUUUACAGACAAAACUUUUACUUUCACCCUGAUAAAAAGAGACCAAUUGCCCUGGUUAAGUGCCCGUUUCAGAAGUUCGACCGUAGAAUUAACAAAAUCCGGAUGCCAGGCUUUUCGCAAGCUCUUAAUCGCUUUACUGGAAAUAUGACCUUGGUAUGCGGCUAUGGAUUUCUUAAGCCAGGCGGCAGGGUUCCGGAAUGGAUGCAGUGCAUACAGGCACCGAUCAUGUCGAACGAGGAAUGCAAGAAGAUAUAUAGAAAAUUGGAAACUUAUCAUAUGUGCACCUCCGGUGAAGGCGGCGUGGGAGCUUGUGAAGGGGACAUAGGCGGUUCAGUGGUCACAAUGGACAAACAACCCAUCUUUGUUGGGAUUAUAUAUAUAAAGACGGACACUUGUCGUGAUCUACCUUCCAUACACAUCCGGGUCAGCGAUCACUUAGAGUGGAUAAGGAAGGUAACCGGUGUGAAAUACUUGUAAGCAACCAUCAUUACACGGUUUAAAUUUAUAUCAAAUGGAAAUCAGAAUGUAUAAGUUAAACAAACUGAUUUGUAACAUCUAAAAAGUUUCGCUAAAGCUAUGAAGUAUACAAACUUAAAAGUCCCUAUUAUCGAUAUUUUGAGAUAAACUCUACACUCUUAGUAAAUCCAGCCUAAAAGUAUGCAGCACAAUUUAAACUUACACACCACUCUAAUACAAUUUGUUCCCUUUGUAAUUUUAUAAUUUAAUGCGAUUUUGGGAUA